AUGAAUUCGGGCCAAGUCAGGUCAGGUCAGUGGAGGCGCCGCGGCCCUCAUCGAACUGAAUGUAAAUUCCAAAGAGGGUUUCCUGUAAGAAUACUGUUAAUUUCAAAUUUAUCAGACGACUUGACUUUAAAUUUCAAUUUGAUGAUGAAAGGGUCAGACUGCGAAAAAACCUGCGAUCAGCUUGUAGAUAGGCUCAACAAGUAUGGAUUUUGCCUGGAGAAAUCCAUGAAAUAUACUAUCCAAGAAGAAAUAGGGAAACAUUUCCUGGAUCAUGUUGUACAACUUGUAAAGGAAGGGAGAUCAUUUGUGUUUGUGCUGGACAAUGUUGAUUGGGAUGUCAAGGUGCAUGACAUGAGGUCUGACAAGCAAAACAGAAGUGUCCAUGCUGUGGCCACCAGCCUGGUAUUUGAUCGUGUAUCCUCUAGCCACUUACCAGACACUGGCCCAAAAGAGAUUUUGGCAAAUUGCAACCUCAAGGAUAUCUUAAGUCUCACUGAUGAGGAAAAACAAUUUGAGUUCUUUCCGGCAUUCGAUUUUCUUAAGGAUGCUGUCCCUGAUCAUACACCUUGUGAGUAUCAUGAGGAGAUGAGUACCAAAUCAGUUAUGGUACCACUUCCGGUCCUACUCAAAGAUGAAAAGAAGUAUGCCAAGGUUGUUGAUGUGCUUGACCAGCUUGAGUUCUGGACACAUGAGAUCUACAGUAAGGCUGGCCUAUGCACUCCCACAGACCCAGACCAUGUCCCACCUUGUCCUGCCAUUGGAGCUCCUGCUAGACCGGAUCAACCAGCUUCGCAUGUACCACCAGCUCCCCAGAUUGAAGAUCCUCUGGCAAAUGUUAAAAUACCUUGUUAUGGUGACCAGCUAACAAGAGUAAGAUUUGCAGGUGCUAAAGAUUUGCAAGCUGGAUGCCACACACCACAAGACAGAUUGGAUCACCUGUAUCCAUUUAGAAUAGUAGACUGGCAUACUAAGAGAAGCUUCCUUAAGGUAAAACACCAUAUUAAUGUUCCUUUUUAUGAAAGGGAGACCUUGUUUGCAUGCCUUUGUGACAGUUGUAUUUUCAUGUUAAUAGAUAUUUUAUUGCCAGACAUUUAUUUCAUUAUGCUGGAUGAGUGCAUUCAUUGCUGUUAUGGUCUGGAAUCAUUCAUCCUUCUUAUUUUUAAGAAGCUGUACAAGAAUUCUGGCUGUGAAAAAGGGACAUUGAGAUUCUUUCGAGAAAAGCUGCAACGAAGAAAUGUAACUAUUGAUGUCAAACACUUUGAAGACUGCGAGCAGUUGUUUCUAAGCAUUGGACGGUGUUACACAAUUGAAGCAUUACUUGAUUUCUUCAAUAUGGAAACCAUGGAUGCUCAUCCUACCAGGAACAGACCCCCAUAUCAUGUUUUGGAUGUUGGCAACAACAAGAAGAACUAUUACCAUUCUGUUGUGGAUAAAUUCAUUGAUGAAUUCCUCAUACCAGCUCCUAACAUUGAUGAAGAAGGUAGCUCUGAUAAUGAUGAUUUUGUCAGAAACUACUCCAUGUGUCUACUGCAAUACUUCUUUGUUUAUGCUGAUCUUAAGGAUGCAGUAAAGGAAGGAAAUGGCAAGAGACUUGGAACUCUGCAUAAACAGUUGCUCCCCCUUUUCAAGUCAUUACCUGGAUUCAAUGCAUAUGCAAUUGAGAUGUUCAUAAACAUUUUGCAGAAUGAAGUAUUACUUUCAGAGGCAGAAUCACAUCAGUGUAUUUGGGCUGCCACUGCAAACUGGAAAGGUGGGCCUGGAAAAAACAUUGAAAUUGACAUUCUGCAGGAGAACAGGAACAAAGACAUCAAGAAAGAGAUACGGGGAAUGGGUGCCAACAAAACUGACAAAGCCAUUGACCGUGCCAGCAGAGCUGCUGGGGGACAACAGAAAAUAGUGGAAAAUUUUGACCAGCGAGUUGGCAGAGGUGUCCAACAUUCUUCACAUGGUCACAAAUCCUCUUCAACAGAUGAAGGCAAAGUAAGCAGAGAUCUACGUGAUCUUAAACCAUUCACCACUGUGCCCAACAGGAAGCAUGAUUCAUUUCCAGACAUAAUGGCUGAUCCUUUGUCUACUCUGAACGAAGAAGAUUACAACCAAUGGGGGGCCCGCCAUAAAAAGAAUCUUCUGCUUGAUGCUCCAGUUGGACAGGAGGAUGAGGAGGAUGAGCGGUGAAGUUUAAUGGCUAAACAGUUGUCAACAAUCAAUAGUUGUCAUCAAUCAUGGACAUGACAAUGGACUUGACAUUGCUUAUAUGUAAAAUAAGACCCACAGACAAAGGAUUUCUUAUUAGCAAAUUCCUGCCCUUGUGUAACCUUUGUAAAUAAUAAUAGUAUUGUAGUAUAGCAAAAGUUUGAUUAAAACCCCAGUGGAAGGCUGACAGUGAUUUGAGCUUAGUUUAUAUGAUGGCCUUUGGAAAGAAAUUCAUCUGGCGAGUUAGCCUUUGUUUAGUUGAAAAGAAAAGAGGGGAGGUACGAUUCUAGAAUGAUUGACAGAUCUUUUUACUAAGGUAAUCAUGGAAAGCAUAACAGGGGGAAGGUAGUCAAGUAGUCAACAUUACAAUCAAUCAUUUCAAAAGUCUGCUAUUUACAUCUUGUUUGUUGGACAGGCAUAUCUCAAAUUACUCAGGGCAAGUUGCUUUUUUUCAGUUGAGAAAUGGCUUGCCUGUACCCCAGGAGUACAAAAAGAUGUAAGUUUAGUUGCUUCAAAGGGACUUUUUAAAUAUGAAAUUUGUCCACUUUUUGAAUUACCUCACUUGGCAUUAUAAAUAAAACAACAAAUUGAAGCAGCAUUUUUUCCUCAAUAAAUUAUUUAGUUUCAGUGAUACACAUUAAAGGUAUCCUUAAGUAUAUACAUGUACAUGUUAACAAUCUCCAUGCAAAAAUGUCUAAACUUAUCCAACAGAACCUUAACAAAUUCCCACUAUCCCCAUUCCCCUACAAUACAAUGUUUGUUUAUUUCUCACUUUGCUCAAGUGGCUGGUCAUGAGUCAAUGAUUCAAAGUGCUUUUACACAGAAGUUAUUAUUCAUUCCAAUUUGGUUUCCUUGCAUUUAGUUCCACUCAGGUUUGUUUACAGUAGAUUAUAGUAAGUGUGGCACUAUUUUCAAAUUGAAUGUAAUAAGUGUAAUUUUAACUUUGACUCAUUCACUCACAGACUCAUAAAGACUGUACUCAUAAUACACUAUUCCCAUUGUAUCCUACUCAAUACCCAAAUUUCCAUAAGACAUAAGAUACAAUAAUUUUCAAGAUAAACCCUCUACCGGAUGUAUUUCACUGCAUAUCUUUGAGGCAAUCUAGACAAUCACAGUUAGAUUUACAGUAGGUACAACAAAAGUGACCUGCAAGUUUUUUUUCUGGUCCACUAGCAUCAAGACAAUUCAAAAGGAAUUUUCUUAGGCAGGCAUUCUCUAGGUGACAGAAAGACCUCAUGUCCUCACUCAUUCCUUCUCGACUUUUAGCAAUAUC